AUGGAGAAGUUGGACCUGGAGAAGUACUUCGAUGAAUUCAUUGCAGACCUGAAGAACUCCUCAAACAUGGAGGCAGAGGAGGUGACAGAGGAGCAGCGUGACGAGUCGUUCUUCGGCCUCCUGCCUGAUGAACUGCUCACACUGAGUGCUACCGGGCAGGGCGACACAGAGACCAGCACCAGUAAGGACUACAACUCCCAGAAUCCACCAGCAAGUGAGCUGCCCGCACAGGAGCCGGUUCCUCGCUCGAUCCUUUUAACGCCGGCAGAACAGGAGCUCAAGUUAACCCCAAAGAUCACAGAGGAGCAGUCCAAGAGAGCAACCAGGAAGUUCGCUCGAAUACUGCAGAAGCUCGGCCUACCCGUCCGCUUCCAGAACUUCAGGAUCCACAGCAUGCUGGCUGUUUGCCAAGCGUUCCCCAUCUGUUUGGAGCGGAUGAGGCUUUAUCACCACUGCAGUUACGAACCGGAGAUUUUCCCCGCUCUCUUCUACAAUGUGAUACCGGGCGCCACUAUGACCAUCUUCACAUCGGGGAAGAUCACUCUGAGCGGAGUUAAAACGGCGGCUGAAAUCUACAAAGCGUUUGAGAUCGUGUAUCCCAUCCUGAGCUGGUUCAGGAGGUAG